UCCUCCCCUCCGGCCAUGGCGGCCAACGUCAUGCUGGCGAUCCACGAGAAGAAGGCCACGCCCGUCGACCUCUACCGCCCGCUGCGCCAGUACAUCGCCGCCGCCUACUCGGACCGCGACGCCGCCGCGGCCGACGACGACCUCUGCGCCGUGCGCGACCUCCGCGCCGCCGCCGUCGAGGCGCCCGCCCUCCCGGACCCGUCCUCCCUCGACCAGCGCCGCGCCGCGCUCCUCGCCUACGCGCGCGCGCUCGCCCUCGUCGAGCCCCGCUUCCCCGUCUCCCCCGACCGCGCGCACGUCCACUCCCUCUCCUUCACCUGGCACGACGCCUUCAAGACCGGCAAGAAGGUCAGCCUGCCCUCCCUCCACCUCGAGCGGGCCGCCGUGCUCUUCAACCUCGGCGCCGUCUACUCGCAGAUCGCGCUCGCCGCGGAUCGCGUCACCGACGUCGGCAUCAGGACCGCGUGCGGCGCCUUCCAGAGCGCCGCGGGCGCGUUCGCGCUGCUCAGGGAGAGCGGGCUCGCCGCCAAGGCCGUCGCCGCCGGGGCCACCACCGUCGAUGUCACGCCCGACUGCGCCGGGAUGCUCGAGAAGCUCAUGCUCGCGCAGGCGCAGGAGUGCUUCUUCGAGAAGGUCAUAGCUGGUGGCAAGCCGCACGCGCUUUGCUCCAAGGUCGCACGCCAGGUGGGUGUAUACUACGAAGAAGCUUACGCGGCUCUCUGUGCGCCUCCUCUUAGCCAGCACUUCGACAAGACAUGGGUUUCUCAUGUCCAGCUCAAGGCAGCUCAAUUCUAUGCUGAUGCUUGCUAUAGGUGUUCGUUGGAUCUUCAUGAGAAAGAAGAAAUCGCGCAGGAAAUCGCGCGCCUAAAGAUAGGAAUGAGCGCCCUGGCUGAUGCCAAGAAGGCAGCUAAGGGAGUUGCAGCGCAACUUCUGGAUGCGGUCAAUAAGCUGGAGAGUAACAUGAAAACCAACUUGGAUAGGGCCAUCAAGGAGAACAAUAGUGUUUAUCUGAUGCGGGUUCCAGAUGCUGCUACUUUGGGCGCUCUGCCUGCAGCUUCUCUUGUAAAAUCUUCUUCUCUGGCUGAAGUUCUAGAUGCUAGCAAGGAGAGGCUUUUUUCAUCACUUGUGCCUGAUGGCAGCAUGAAGGCCCUUUCUAAGUACACAGAGAUGGUGGAUGACAUCAUCCGGACCCAGGCGGAGAAACUUCAGCAAUCUAGUGAGAUCACGAGAGUCAGGCUCAAGGAGAUGGACCUGCCUGAUUCUAUUCUAUCAUUGGAAGGUAAUAUCAGCAUACCUGUAGAUCUCAAGGAAGAUGUUGAGGCUGUGCAGAUAAGCGGUGGCCCUGCUGGCCUGGAAGCUGAGUUGCAGCAGCUUAGGGAUUUGAGUAGGGUCAAUCAGGACUUGCUUGUUCAAACUGAGGAGAUGCUGCAGAAGGAGGCAAGCGAAGAUUCUCAAUUUCGGACUCAAUUUGGAAGUCGUUGGACUAGGCCUCAAUCAAGCACCCUUACCAAAAACAUUCAAGACCGCUUAAAUCUCUUCGCUGCUAAUCUCAAGAAAGCUGCUGGUAGUGAUGCUUUGAUCGAACGAGGUGUGAAGGAGAACUACCCCUUGAUGUCUAUUCUUGACAAAAGACCGAUAGAGUCUGCACUACCAAGUAUUUCAAGGCCUAUCAUGUCCUUGGAUGGGAACGAAGAUGCUAUUGUUGGGGCCCUUAAACAAAGCUUGAGGCAAUUGCAAUCUCUUGGUGAAGAAAGGGCAGGUCUUGAAGACAUGCUUAAGGAAAUGAAGAGAAAGGAUGAUAUACUCCCUAAGUUAAUGGCUGGUGUUGGAUCACAUGAUGAUCUUUUCAAGAAGGAGAUUUCAAAGUACGAUCCGAUCUGUGCUGAAAUUGCUGAUAACAUUGUGGCGCAGGAACAAUUAUUGCUACAAAUACAGGCACAAAAUGAACAAUUUGCUGCUGUAUUCAAUCUGGAUGACUUCAAAGUUGCUCGUGAGAGAUGUUACAAGCAAAUUGCUGCAGCUGUUGUUAAAUACCAGGAAACCAAGAAGAACAUUAACGAUGGCCUAAAUUUUUACGUGACUUUGCAGGACGCAAUUGGCAGGAUACAACAGCAAUGCAGUGACUUCAUAAUGACGCGAAACAUCCAGUGCCGUGAAAUGAUAGAGGAUGUGCAAAGAAAGUUGGCAGGUUUCAACUUGUCAUCUUCCAGCAACGUCUCGCAGAGGAAUUCUUCUGUUCCACCAGAUCAGCAGAGCCCAUCACCACCACCACAUGCUCCUCAUGCUCAGCCUGGGGGUGAUUCAAGGCCAGGUUACUCCCAACCAGGAACUAGACCUCCAUACUCACAGCCAUACCCUACUUAUGGCGCGCCACCGCAACAACCUCAAUACGGCGCGCCACCGCAACAACCUCAAUACGGCGCGCCACCGCAACAACCUCAAUACAGCGCGCCACCGCAACAACCUCCAUAUGGUGCAGCACAUCCUGGUCAGUACCAGCAGCCGCCGCAUCAGCCACCUCCUGGCCAUGACUAUGGCCAACCGGCGUAUCCUGGAUGGCGUGGGCCGUACUACAAUGGGCAGCAGCCACAGUCGCAGCAACCAGGGCCAUAUCCACAAGCGCCGUACAAUGCCCCAGGGGCUUACCCUCCUCAGCACCAGAGUAACUACUACAGGCCUCAGUAAGAGACCAUCUUGUUCUGCAGCGGCCAUUUGGUUUUUUUUUCUUUUCUUGUGGUGGAUCAUGUCCUUGUGGAUUGCAUUAUUGUAUAUACUUUUGGGGAGUAAUGCCGAUGGUGCACAGGUUGGUUAGACACUACCCUGUAUGAUUUGUAUGUGUAAUAAUGAAUUGGCAUGUCAUUACUAGGCUUCAACAUUGGAUGUAUGGAGGAACGAUUCCUUUUCAAGAAGGUAUCAAGUGGGAUCCCACAUAAGUUUCAUUUGUA